UCACAUCAUUAUUAAUCUUUACUAAACAUAAAGAAGACAUGUCUGACCGUUUAACUCAAUUGCAAGACACAGUUAAUCAACAAGCUGAGCAUUUUUGCAACGCGAUUGGCAUAAUUCAGCAGACAUCGUAUCCAAGCAAGUUUUUAAAUUUUGAUCGGAUGGGCUCUCAAACUCCCAUAAGAACCAACACUCAAGAAGAUUAUGCUCAGCUUUUUGCUCAGCUGAUUUCACGUUGUGCAAAAGACAUAGAUACACUAAUUGAGUCAUUACCGAAUGAAGAUAGUUCAACGGAGCUUCAACAUCAAAGCCUUCGUAGACUAGAAAUUGAAAAUCAAGAAUCUGCCAAAAGGCUUGACGACAUUGUUCAAAGUGGUGAACUUUUACUAGAAAAAAUACAAAUAGCGCUUGAAGACAUUGCCCAGGCUCAGUUAGAAAUGCACGUAUCGUCCAUCAAUCGCUUUAAUUUGUUCUAAUAUAUGAAAUAUUGAAAUUUAGUUCUUAAUAUACAUAUCGUCACCUAAAAUGCAAAAUAAAGUAACAACAUUUUCGGAAA